AUGGCCGAUCUUGUAAUUGGUGCUACUGUUAAAGUUGUGCUUGAUAAACUGCUUUCUCUCACUAUUGAGGAGGCCAAGAGUUUAAGGAACUGCAAGAAAAAUCUAAGAAUUCUGACAAAAUAUGUAUCCAUGAUUCAAGCUCUCAUUCAUGAUGCUGAAAGACGACAAGUUGAUGAUCAGGCUGUUGAACAAUGGCUCAAGAUGCUUGAGAGAGUUGCUGAAGAUGCUGAAAACGUGUUUGACGAAUUCAGAUAUGAAUAUCUCAAAGCACAAGUCAUGAACAUCCGAACCAAACUAAUGGAAAAGGUCAGCAGCUUCUUUUCUCAUACUGCUUUUAAGUACAAAAUGUCGCGAAAAAUAAACAACAUCAAUGAAGAGUUGAAGGCUAUCAAUCAGUUAGCCAAUGACCUCGGUCUCAAACCACUGAUGGUUCCUUCUCAGAAAAUACUUCCAAUUCGAGAAACAGAUUCCUUAGUUGUUGCUUCGGAUGUUGUUGGUAGAGACAAAGAUGUUGCUGAAAUAAAAGAGAAGAUUUUGAACAUGAGAAAGGAUGUUGUUCUGUGCACCAUUCCCAUAGUGGGUAUGGCGGGUUUAGGGAAAACAACUGUGGCUAAGAGAAUUUUCAAUGAUGAACACAUCAAGCAGCAGUUCGAAAAGAGAGUUUGGUUGUGCCUACCUGAAAUGUCAGAAACUAAGAGCUUUCUUGAACAAAUCCUUGAAUCAUUGACAGAGAGGAAAGUUGAGGUUCAAAGGAGAGAUUUAAUAGUUAAGAAGCUACAAGAUGAAUUGGAAGGAAAAAUGUAUUUGCUUGUCCUAGAUGAUAUGUGGCGUGUUGACUCUAUAUCGUGGCAUGAGUUCAUGGACACCUUGAGAGGAAUAAAUACAUCCAGAGGAAACUGCAUUCUUAUGACUACUCGUAUGAAGCAGGUGGCAUCCAUAGUAGCAGAAGAUCUUCAUAUGUUGCGAAGAUUAGCAAGAGAUCAUUGUUGGUCCAUUUUCAAACAAAGAGCGUUUGUUGAUGGGGAAGUUCCGCAGGAAAUAAUGAGCAUGGAGAACAAGAUAGUUGAAAUGUGUCAAGGUCUACCAUUGGCUGCAAGUGUGUUGGGAGGCCUCUUAUGCAACAAGGAAAAACAUGAAUGGCGGGCAGUUCUUAAUGGCAAUCCCCUUGUUGCGGGGGAAGAUGAUAACGGGGAAAAUAGCAUAAAGAAGAUCCUAAAACUCAGCUAUGAUUAUCUACCAUCUCCACAUCUGAAAAAGUGUUUUGCUUACUUUGCCAUUUUUCCAAAAGAUUUUGAGUUUGAAAAGGACCAGCUUAUCCAACUCUGGAUGGCAGAAGGUUUUCUCUGUCCAUCUCAAGAGACCACUUUGAUGGAAGACGUUGGGAACAAGGCUUUUCAACUUUUGUUGCAAAAUUCCUUGCUGCAAGAUGUUAAGCUAGAUGAUCUGAACAAUAUAACACACUGUAAGAUGCAUGAUCUUGUGCAUGAUUUGGCUGGAGAUAUUUUAAAGUCUAAACUAUUUGAUCAAAAGAGUAUUGGAGGAGAAAAUCUUUCUCAAGUCCGAUACUUUGGAUGGGACUCACCAAGUGAUCAAAUAGAUAAGAUAAACGAGUCAGGACGUUUGUGCACAUUGUUCUGGAAAAGAAUUAUAUCUGAAGAACUGUUGUUGAGCUUUCAGUUCUUGAGAGUUUUAAAUUUGUCCAGGUCAGGCAUCAAGGUAUUGUCAGCCAAAAUCGGCAAGCUAAUAUACUUGAGAUAUCUUGAUCUCUCCAGCACUGAGAUCAAAGCAUUGCCCAACUCCAUUUGCAAGCUCUACAAUUUGCAAACAUUGAGAAUCAAUAGCUGUUUCUCACUUAGGAAGCUUCCAGAAGAAAUGGCAAAUAUGAUAAGUUUGAGACACAUAUAUUGCAUCUAUCAUUACCCAACAUAUCUUUAUUUUGCGGGUCGGAGAUCAAGGUUUAUAGGUAAUUAUCAGUUUCAGAUGCCACUUAAUAUGGGGCAAUUGACUAGUCUUCAGACGCUACAGUUUUUCUAUGUAGGUUUAGCGAAAGGUCGUCGAAUAGAAGAAUUAGGUCAUUUGAAAAACCUUAGAGGUGAAUUGACAAUCAAACAUCUCCAAUUAGUCGUAAAUAAAGAAGAGGCUCGAACAGCAUAUUUACAGGAGAAACCAAAUAUCUACAAGCUGACAUAUUUAUGGACCCAUGAUGAAUCAGAAGGCUGUGAGAUCAAUGAUGAGCAUGUGUUGGAUGGUCUUCAACCGCAUCCGAACUUGAAAACCUUAGCAAUAGUGGACUAUUUUGGGACUAAAUUUCCUUCAUGGUUCAGUGAAGGAUUGCUACCAAAUUUGGUCAAGUUGAAAUUAAGUGGCUGCAAAAGGUGCAAAGAAAUCCCAUCACUUGGCCAACUGAAGUUCCUUCGGCAUCUUGAACUGAUAGGAUUCCUUGAAUUGGAAUGCAUUGGAUCUACAUUUUAUGGCGUUGAUGUUAAUGAUAAUGGAUCAAGCAGCAAUAAUGGCAAUAUCCAAGUGUUCCCAUCACUGAAAGAACUAGUAUUGCAGAAUAUGAAUAGCCUUAUUGAGUGGAAGGGUGAUGAAGUUGGAGUUAGAAUGUUUUCUGCGCUUGAGAAGUUGAGGAUCACAAAGUGUCCACUGUUAAAAGGUACCCCACGUCAAUUGGAAAUCCUCCGUGAAUUAAGCAUUGAAGGAGUUGACAGUGAAAUGCCAUUGUUGAACUUGUGUAGCAACUUGACAUCUCUGGUAAAGCUUACUGUGAAUGAUGUGAAAGAGCUCACUUGUCUUCCUGAUGAGAUGCUACGCAAUAACCUUUCUCUUCAACAACUAUUGGUCACACACUGCAGAGAGUUUCGUGAAUUGCCCCAAAGCCUGUACGAUCUCCAUUCUCUUGAGAGCUUACAAAUAUUCUUCUGCCCCAAUUUCAGUUCUCUUCCUGUUCCCAGUGUAGAGAAUCGUUUGACUUCCCUCCAAAGUCUUGAUUUAUCACUGUGUUUUGGAUUGACCAGUUUACCAAGUGGAAUGCUAGAGCAUUGUCGGUCUCUACAGACUUUGAAGGUCAGCUGCUGUGACAACUUAGUUUCCUUGCCUUUACACGUAUGGGAAAUGCCUUCAAUUUCAUAUUUGGGUUUAUCAAAUUGUCCCAAGUUGAUUAGUGUACCCACAGGGGGCCUUCACCACCUCACAGGGUUAAAGGUAUUGGAAAUUGGUCCUUUCUCAGAGAUGGUGGAUUUUGAGGCAUUCCAAUUGAUUUUUAAUGGCAUUCAACAGCUAUCGUCCCUUCAUACAUUGGAGGUGUAUGGAUGGACGCGUUGGGAUUCUCUGCCUUAUCAGCUUAUGCAACUCUCUGCCCUAACAAAGAUCCAUAUACAUGAUUUCGGAAUUGAGGCUCUUCCUCAUAGACUUGACAACCUUACUUCUCUUGUAACAUUACAUCUAAUGGGGUGCAAAAGGCUACAACAUGUGGACUUCUCAGAUGUCAUGCCCAAAUUACGAUUGAUGGUUGAAACAACGGCAUGGACGUCUUAUCUAAAUCGUAGACUGGAAAAGAUUUGA